AUGUCAGGAAAAGGUGGUAAAGCUGGUUCCGCUGCUAAGGCUUCGCAAUCUAGAUCGGCCAAAGCUGGUUUGACUUUCCCAGUCGGUAGAGUCCACAGACUCUUGAGAAGAGGUAACUACGCACAGAGAGUCGGUUCAGGUGCUCCAGUGUACAUGACCGCGGUUUUGGAAUACUUGGCCGCCGAAAUUCUAGAAUUGGCUGGUAAUGCCGCCAGAGACAACAAGAAGACCAGAAUCAUCCCACGUCACUUGCAAUUAGCCAUCAGAAACGAUGACGAGUUGAACAAGCUGCUGGGAAAUGUUACAAUCGCCCAAGGUGGUGUUUUGCCCAACAUUCACCAGAAUCUAUUGCCAAAGAAGUCCGGCAAGCCUGGAAAGGCCUCUCAAGAACUAUGA